AGGAGAAAAAGAAAGAGGAAAAAUGCGAGCCGAGGCAUGAGUGGAGAGCUCUUCUCUGUUCAUUUUUAUUUUUUUAUUUUUUGACACACUUCAACACAUUUCAUCCACUGGAAACUCCGGGUGAUCCCUCGACGUUAUGGGCGUACCUUCGUGUUUUUUCAUCACAGAGGAGUAAGGUGAGGGACGGGGGUCAUAACUCCAUAAAUACUUGGUGUGGCACAGACUUUGGAUGGACCCUGGAGGAGUAAAUCCUGCUAGAGGAACCUCGAGCACAAGAGAGUAGCGGCGACUUUUCUGCAAGCUGACACCUCAUUUGUAGAAGGGUGGUUUUAAAAAAAAGCCUCCUCAGUUACCACCGUGAAAGUUGCGGUGCCUCUGGCUAAUAUGGAGAGUCUAUGAUUCCGUAGUGGCGGAGAUAUAAAUUGCUUUAGGGCUAUUUUUUUCUCACAGAGUGCGAUGUAGUUCAACUUCACAUCCCAGAGUGAGCUAUUUGUCAAGAUGACAGCGCUUACACCUUUGAACCGUGCUGUACUUGGACUUGCGUGGAGCUGUUUGAGUUUUCUGUCCUGCGCUCAUUGCGGGUUAAGUGACAACCAUGUGCACUCCAGUUUUAUUUACAGGAGGUUGCGCAAUCACGAACGCAGGGAGAUCCAGAGAGAGAUCCUCUCCAUCCUGGGCUUGCCUCACCGUCCGAGGCCCUUCUCUCCCGGGAAGCAGGCGUCCUCCGCGCCGCUGUUCAUGCUCGACCUGUACAACGCAAUGGCCGUGGAGGAAGAGGAGGAGGGGGGGUUGCAGCAGGGCGCAGGGAAGAGCUUUAGUGCCAAGGCUCAAGGGCACUCCAGGAAAAGUUACUACAGCCCACAGCAUGCCGGGUACUCCCGUGUGGCACAGCCUUACCGAGCGGCCCCUCUGUUAGGCCAAAGCCCCGCACUCACCACAGCACACGACACCAACUUUCUCAAUGACGCCGACAUGGUUAUGAGUUUCGUCAAUUUAGUGGAGAAAGAUAAAGAUUUUUCUCACCAGCGAAGACACUACAAGGAGUUCCGUUUUGAUCUGACUCAGAUCCCAGACGGUGAGGCGGUGACUGCUGCAGAGUUUCGGAUCUAUAAGGACCGCAGUCAUGCCCGCUAUGACAACAUUACUCUGAAGGUCACCAUAUAUCAAGUCAUCAAGGAAUAUCAAAACAAAGAUGCAGAGACGUUCCUGCUCAACUCCAAAAAGGUCCAGGCGUCCGAUGGGGGCUGGCUGGUGUUUGACAUCACGGCCACCAGCAACCACUGGGUGAUGAACCCACAGCAGAACUUGGGCCUGCAGCUCUGUGUGGAGACUGUAGAUGGACGAAGCAUCAACAUAAAAUCUGCUGGAAUCAUUGGGAGGAACGGGCCCCAGUCCAAACAGCCAUUCCUGGUUGCUUUCUUCAAGGCCAGUGGGGUGUUACUUCGCUCUGUUAGAGCUGCUGGUGGGAAAAAAAAGAACCACAAUCGCAAUAAAUCCACUAAUCAGCAGGAAUCAUCUAGGGCACCAAAAACUGGAGAUUAUAACACCAGUGAACAGAAGCAAGCCUGUAAGAAACAUGAACUUUAUGUCAGCUUUCGAGAUCUGGGAUGGCAGGAUUGGAUCAUUGCACCUGAGGGCUACGCUGCUUUUUACUGUGAUGGUGAAUGCUCGUUUCCACUCAAUGCACACAUGAACGCAACAAAUCAUGCAAUUGUGCAAACUCUGGUCCAUUUAAUGUUUCCUGACAAUGUGCCAAAGCCUUGCUGUGCCCCAACCAAGCUCAAUGCAAUAUCAGUACUUUACUUUGAUGACAGCUCAAACGUUAUCCUCAAGAAAUAUAGAAAUAUGGUAGUUAGGUCUUGUGGUUGCCAUUAGUGGCUGGGCUAACUGUAAUUUAUCUUAUCUGGUAUGGGAAUCGCUGGAAACACAUCUGCUGCAGGUGUGAUGUGAUGUACAGUAUUAUGUAUAUAAAGUUUUAUUACCUAAUUUAUUUUCUUUUUUUAAAAAACAAAAUAGCACUGAAUAUUGUGAUAUUUAAAUGAUUAGGACAAAAUGAUUUUAGUUUACGCCAGUUAUCUCUUAACUUUUGUGUCCGUUGGCAUAUACUCCCUCUUAGUUACAUCUGUAUGAUAACUUUUAUUCACUGGAGUCAUCAUGAUACAUAAGGUCGCUUCCCCUUCUGCUUGUUUUCCCUUUUUCCAGUAUAAACUACGCUAUAAAUGUUCACUUAGCUAUCUAGAAUAAUACUUGGAGGUCAGUAUAUGAUUUGUUUUUUUACUUCAAUGCUAAUCCUGAAAAUUGUGUAUUUCCUUAAUGGACCAACAGGUAUAAAUGAACAAACAGAAUAAAGUCACACAAUGCAGCAUCACAAAUUCCUUUGAUAAACAAGGGAGACAUCAAGGUGAUGCUGUUAGCACUAACAUCACAACUUGAACAAGCUGUUGGAAAUAUUGUAAAUCAAAUCGGAUCACAGGAAAAAAAAAAAAAACACAGUGAGUGUUCUCUAAUAUAAACCAAACUGCCUAAAGCUAUUUUCAAGCUGUCAC